GUAUUCCUACAACCCCGCGUUCUUGUGCACAUGGUAUCAUCCAAGGAAAGCUGGGGCUGCACGAUGCUUGCAGGGGAAGCGUGAACACAAAGAAACCACAGCCGUCGGAUUGGGAAGAACAAAAGACAAGAAAUCUCAAACCAAGUGAGGAACCCGAUUUACGACAACAGUUUAAAUUAAAAACAGUCUUGAUUUUCCAUUUCUAUCCAUAUUCGAACCAUUAUUUACAUGGCAUAUGAUAGGAGGGGGACAUUACACUGCCGUUAUCCAGGAGAGAGUGAAGCUUGAGCGGUGAGACGUUGUUCUAGUGUUUCCCGAUGGCUUGGUGUUCGUGGGCAGUGCUCUCUCUCUGCCAAGCCGUGGUCCUGGUGCCUCUGUAGCGUUUGGGGCGGGCAGGGACUGCGUUGAUGGUUGAGGACGAUGACUGUCUUGGAGGCUGCUAGUUGACACAGAGGAGAGGAUUCAACGGAAUCUGACUGGGCAUAUAUCUUGUACAUGCUGGGUCGUUACGGAGGUGGAUAAUUUUGGAUGGGUAACAUCGUGCCCUGAUCCUCCCUGUCCCGGCCCACCUAUUCAACCUCUGACCCCCCCACCCUAGUCACCAUGACAUCUGCAUCCUGGCCCCAGCUGCUGGCUUUCAAACUGGCCCCUCCACCACAUGACCCGGGGAGCCCAGAGAGGAUCCUCAGCUGUGACGAGGAGAUAGAGCGUCGUUAUGAGAUCGUUCCCUCUGUGGCCUGCUCCAUGUGCUGCCUCUUCGGCAUCAUAUACUGCUUCUUUGGUUACCGUUGCUUCAAGGCGGUGAUGUUCCUAACAGGCUUGAUGUUUGGCUCCGUCAUCAUCUUUCUGCUGUGUUAUAAGGAGCGUGUUCUGGACACCCAGCUGAGUGUGGAGGCCUCGGUGGGCAUCGGCCUGGGCAUCGGUACCCUCUGUGGCCUGGUCACCAUGCUGGUGCGCUCUGUUGGACUAUACAUGGUGGGGCUACUGCUGGGACUACUGCUGGGCAUCGCCUCACUGGUGGUAAUGGAGGAGUUCCACCACCCCCGUACGGUGUGGGUGCCCCUGGGGGUGUUGCUGGGGUCAGGCAUGCUGUUCGCCGUCCUCACCCUCCAAUGGCAGCGCUUCUUCACCACCCUCUCCACUGCUGUGUUCGGCUCGGCUGUCAUCACCGUCACUGUGGACUACUUCAUUGAACUGUUUGCCCUCGUCAGAUACAUAUUUGAGAGGAUCAAGGUGGCUCCACCCCGUCCUGUCUGCUGGUUCACCUGGGUCAUCAUGGGGGUGUGGCCUGUACUGGCAUUGCUGGGGGUCCUCAUCCAAUGGAAGGUCACCGCCGAGGGAUACUCACACACUGAGGUUGUUCUCAGUCGACAGCAGCGGAGGGUCCAGUUGAUGAGGAUCCACCAGAAGGAAGAGAGGAUGCAGAAAGAAGUGAGGAAGAAGAAGAAGAGACAGAAGCAACAAAAGCAGAAGCAGCCGGAGCAGCUCCAACAUCAGCAGUACCACCGCCCUCCUCCACCUACCUACCCUCCUCCUACCGCCGCCACCACCGCCACCACCACCACCACAAACAAACCCCUCCUCCCUGAGCCUAUCACCUACCACAGGAAACCAAACCCCAUUCGACGCUUCGAUGGGGACGUGCUGUCCCCUAGUUACAUCGCUAGUUUCCGGGACAGACAGGUGGACAGACGGGAUUACCCUCACCACGGCAGGCCGAUCGCCAGGCACCACAUGGCUGACCGUGACUACGACUGUGGAUCCCAAGUACCCCUGACCGCCCCCAAUGGACCGGCUGUACGAGUUUGACAUUGACAAUAACCUUUAUAUCCCGUGACAGUGCUCCUACAGGUUUGGAGUGGUACUGUUUGUCCUUUUCCUUGUCCAGUGAAGGUCUCCAGUGUCCAGAUUGAAUGUUAAUCUCUGGAUUAAUGUAAUCUGAGGUGGAUAUCAGAAGGUUAAUGUCACCCGUCCCCUUCUCUUUUCUUUUACCCUGAAGCAAAUCAGUGUCCAGACUGAGAUUGACCUUUGAACCCUGGACUGACUUAUUCUAA